CAACUUUAUGUCAAACCAAGUCCGCCAAACCUUCAGUUUGCAUUUGUCAAGAUGGAAACCUCUGACGCUGUUGCUACUGCCAAACAUUCCGUGGUUCGGAGUGGCCUUGUGUUCACCAAAGGGCAACACGAAGACGGACUCUUUGGUCGCGGAACUUGGAAACUGCGCUACGUGGAGCUCACAACAGACAACGUCUUGCAGUAUUACGCCGCCAAAGGUGGAUCGUUCACCGGCCAAGUGGACUUGGCCCAAUGUUAUGGCAUGGAAGUGAUGCCUUUGGACUGCCCGCAGUCUGGCAAUCGGCUCACCAGCGUGUAUCGCAUUGCUAUCAAGACCACCACCAAGCGUCGCAUUGUCAUCGCAGCCUUGUCAGAACAAGGGAUGAACGCUUGGGUCGCCGCAUUGCACUCUGCGGUGGGGCCGAGUCUGAAAGCCAAGUCCCCCAAGACUUCAGGAAGUCGGUUUUCAAUAUUCCGCAGAGUCCUACGAACGCUUUCGCUUAAUGUACGAAUGAUGCGAUGCAAUUUACCCGACUUGUUCUUCGUGAACUAA